AUGUCGUCCAAACACUUCAUCAACGACCCAACGCAGCUCGUCAACAACGCCCUCCACAGUCUGACCCUUACCAACCCCAACGUCGCUCUCGACCCAGCCUCCAAAAUCAUCUACCGCCGCCCAAGCCAUGCAACUCCCCAAGUAUCAAUCAUUUCCGGCGGCGGAUCCGGCCAUGAGCCCUCCUUCGCAGCCAUGGUCGGUCCCGGCAUGCUUUCCGCCGCAGUGGCAGGUACCAUAUUCGCCAGCCCAUCCGCGGAACAGGUCCGUACGGGCAUCACCUCCCGCGUGGAUACCUCCCAGGGUGUGUUGGUGGUGGUAAUGAACUACACAGGCGAUGUGCUCAACUUUGGCGUGGCUGUCGAGAAGGCCAAGGCCAGCGGGUUAGACGUCGAAAUGGUGGUGGUGGGCGAUGACGUGGGCGUCGGCAGAGCAAAGGCAGGCAAGGUGGGGAGAAGGGGUAUCGCGGGAACGGUGCUCGUGCUGAAGAUCGCGGGUGCUUUGGCAGCAAGGGGCCGGUCUCUGAGCGACGUCGCCAAGGUGGCGAGGUUGACGGCCGAGAAUACCGUCAGCGUCGGGGCGAGUUUGGAGCACGUUCACGUGCCGGGGAGGGCGGUCGAUGCCCAGGACGACAAGCUGGCACGGGGGGAGGCAGAGAUCGGCAUGGGCAUUCACAACGAGCCUGGCUCCGAGAGGGCGAAGCUCGAUCUGCCUCGGUUGGUGGGCAGGAUGCUUGCCCAACUGCUUGAUUCCGGCGACAAGGACCGCGCGUUCCUCAACGUCAACUCCAAUGAGGUCGUGUUGAUGAUCAACAAUUUGGGAGGCGUGUCCGUCUUGGAAAUGGGCGGCAUUACGACGGAAGUUGUGACGCAGCUGGACUCCAAAUAUGGAAUCCACCCUGUUCGCAUCGUAACGGGUACAUUUAUGACCAGUUUGAACGGGUUAGGAUUCAGCAUCUCGCUGCUCAACGUGGUCAAUACGGAUAUCGGCGGCCCCGGGAUGAUUGAGCUGCUUGAUGCUGGCGCAGAAGUGACGGGGUGGUCGGCACCGAUCCGCAAGGAGACGUGGGAGGCGAAGAACACGGCCACGCGCACGGAGGAGAGGGGUCAAGGUGAGCAAGCCAAGCCCAGCGGGCUGAGGAUGGACAAGAGCAUCGUCAAGGAGAGGCUGGAAUUGGCUCUGGAGAGGGUCAUUGCCGCUGAGCCAGAAGUCACGCGGUAUGAUACCGUCGUCGGGGAUGGGGACUGCGGCAUUGGGUUGAAGAGAGGAGCAGAGGGUACGUCUGACGAGUUCCGCAUACGGGCACAACGAUCGAUGGGCAUCGCUAACUCUCUCUCAGCUGUCUUGAAGCACAUGAACCAAACUACCCUCACCGACGACCCCGUCCUGACACUGACAUCCAUUAUUCCCGUCGUGGAGUCCACCAUGGACGGCACAUCCGGCGCCCUCUACGCCAUCUUCCUCAACGCGCUUGCUCACGCGCUUCGCUCCCUUCCCUCCGGCGAACUGACGCCUUCUUCGUGGGCCAAGGCCCUUGAGCAAUCCUGCGGCGCGCUGUCCAAGUAUACACCUGCUCGGCCCGGGGACAGAACCCUUGUGGAUGCACUGUAUCCGUUCGUUGAAGUCCUCGGCAAGACGGGGGACGUGAAGAAGGCCGCGGAGGCUGCGGCGAAGGCGGCUGAUGAUACAAAGGGCAUGCAGGCUAGUUUGGGGAGGACGGUGUACGUGGGCGGCAAGGGCUUUGAGCAGGUUCCCGAUCCGGGGGCGUUUGGGCUGGCUUGUUUCUUUGGCGGGUUGGCUGGGAGGGUGGAUGAGGAGUGGGAGAAGGUUUGA